AUGUCGCUCUACGUUUCCAUUGACGGCACCGAGCAUGUCGCCAGCAUCGAAGGGCAGCACAUCAACAGUGAUGAGCCGCGCUUGGAGGCAAGGAAGCUCAAUCACCUCCUUAUGCGUCGUGCAGGUGUCUAUUUCACUCGAAUGGACUUGCAGUUCGUGCCGGAGGUCAAGAAGGCCUUGCUCACAACUGUGCCUGGAGGUCUGCGACAGGCAGAUCAGGAGGUGUUACGCAGCUACUACAAGCUGCCGCGUGCAGCACUGCAUGGGCUCGUGGUUUCUGCCGAGCAGGAGAUGUCUGUUCUAGGCGAAUCUUACGUGGACCCUCGGCUAGGGCCCUUUGCUCGCUGGGAGGACGGCGGUGAGCUUGAGACCACUUGUGACGAGCUGGGAACGUUUCCGCAUUGGUACGAGAUCGGAACUGGAGAGCCCGUUGAAGAGCCUCCACAUCAGGAGUUUCACACAUGCAGCUCGGAGGACGGUACCUGUGUGAACAACGUGAUGAGCAUCUUUGCCGGCUCGUGCACAUGGUGGUUUCGGCAAGACGGCCAGUGUCACUGCUUGAAGCUGACAUGCGACAGCCUCACGGCUCAAGGGAGAGCGAUCUGA